GCCACUGAUUCUAUAUAAUGUUUUUUCUUGUUUUUAUUGCAGCCACAACGACGUGUGGUGAAUGUACUGUUAAUGUUCGUAAUAAAUACACUAAUGAAACUCAAGGUGUCCUUGAUGAUAGUGUAGGUUAUUAUUCUUGUUCUCAAUUUUGUACUGGUAGUCUUACGAGUGGUGCUUCUGGUGCUCAAGAUCCUCUUUAUAAUUAUGCUAAUGACGCAGCUACUGCUCUUGGUGGUGUUACUUAUACUUGUAAACUUGCUUGGUCUACUACAAAUAAUUGUGUUAAUUCUUACGGUACUUAUACCAGUCUAGCUGGUAAUUUUUAUCUAAGCAAUCGUGGUGUCUGUAGUAAUCGCCCUGGUUACCGUUGUUGUUGCAGAUCUACUUCUGGAUGA